AUGCGAACACCAGGUGCCUUCCUGCUCCUCUCUCUGGCUCUGUUCUGCUUCUUCUCAGAUCAGAAUCAGGAUAACGAGGAAGACUGUGAUGAUGAAAAUGGUCAUGAUGCCAACAUUGCCUGUUCACUUAUUGAGCAUACACUAGAUUCCAGGCAUUGUGUUAAGGAUUUUAUAUAUUAUUUCCAGUACACAUACACAAGCCUGGCUAAGACUUGUUCAAUAGACCUCUCAGGGAUAUUGCAAAGCUCAUUUGAAGUAAGGCACACUAAGAGUUUUAGUAUUAUUAAGCAAAUGAUAGGACACUACUAUGCUGAUGAAAGUAGGGUUGACUGUGGUGAGUUCCGGGACCCCAAGGUCUACUGCACACGAGAGUCUAACCCUCACUGUGGCUCUGAUGGCCAGACGUACGGCAACAAAUGUGCUUUUUGUAAGGCAGUGGCGAAAAGCAGUGGGAAGAUCAGCCUAAAGCAUCAUGGGAAAUGCUGA